CAGGAUUUUCUAUGACUCUGUUUUUAACUUGAAUAAAUUUGUUUAACAUUUAAACCCAUUCUCUGCAUAUUCCAGCAUAUAAAAUAAAAUUAUUUUUGUCCCCACUCUUCUGAUUAACACAUUUACACAACUAAAUGGCUCUAUAUAAGAAAAAAUAUUAACUUGCUGAUGUCAGACAUAACAUCAUCAGUACUUUAAAAAUCAGGAAAGGCUGGCACGUGUUUCCCCACACCUGCCCUACAUGAGGACUGAAAACAAAAAACAAUGCACGUAUGCAAAAAUGACUUAUUUCUGCAACAUAAUAAAAUAUAAAGCAACAUGUAACUGAGCAUUUGCUUUAAUUUGCUGAAUGUUUGUUUAGCCGUCAACAGAAUGCUUGUUGAGGACAAUACCUCCCACAGUCACCAUGAAAUGCCAGCCAGUCACAGGACGUGCAUGUAACAAGGCAAACUGGCCUGCCUUGCAGGUUGAAGAACUAUGUGGGUGUGUCGCAUAACUUUAGACAUGACACUGUGAUUAUCUUAUUAAACAGGACUUCGUCCAGAGCUGCAGUUGUUCAGUUCAUCAAGAGAGUCUAUGAUCAUGGCACAGAUUAUGUUUGCACUCUUCGCACUUUUUCUGGUUUCAGUCUGCACAGGACAGGACUUUUGUGUGGGAAAGUGUCCCCACUACAAAGUACUUGAGGCCUACCCGGACUUUGAGGUGCGCUUAUAUGAUGCUUCCACCUGGAUCACUACCAAGGUUGACAGCUCCCAGGCCAGUGAUGUCCUUGCUGCAAAUUCACAGCUGAAGGAUUACGCCAAGAAGCAAACCGAAGCAGGUUUUGAGAUCCCUACUGACUCUUGGCCUGCACUAAUCAAGGUCAAAGAUGGUAAAGGUGAUCCUGAGUUUUCCUUGUCAUGGUUUGUUCCUCCUGCUACCAAAACACCUGAAGAUUCUGAUCCCUUGGUCCAACUGGAAAGUAAACCUGAAGCCACCGUGUAUGUAAGGGUUUUCGGUGGCACUCCAAGCAUCCAGAGUGGCCAAGAAAAUGCAACGAAGCUUCGUGAGGCCUUGAUUACAGCUGGAAAAAACUUUGAUCAUGACAUUUACAGUGGAGCUGCAUAUGAAUCAUAUUUCUCUCCUGCUCACCACAAUGAAAUUUGGAUCUACGCUGCCUGACAGCAGACGUCAUGAGCUGAACUAAAUCUUUUCAUCAUUUAAUCACAGUGAUAUACGUAAUUUACUUUUUCACUUUCCAAAAUACCAGUAAGUUAGUAAUGCAGUAAAAAAAAAAACAUCAUGUACUGUCUUUUUUUUUUUUUUUGCAUCAGCAGAUUUUGUGUUCUACACAUCUCCAUAAGGUUUUUUUUUUUUUUAAAUGUGUGUGUUUUGCAGGGUUUUUUUCUAUUUCUUUAUUUGCUCAUUAUUUGCAAAAGCCCUUGUUUUUAAUUUCGUUCGUUAGUAGAAUGUUCCUUCCUGCAGGUCUCCAAUUACACAGAAAUGCAGUUUGACUUGUUUGUGCAAAAGCUGAACAUACCUCCAUCGUCACUGUUUUUGGGCCAUGGCCUGACACAUAAACAUUGCUCACAAAUGAUGAACUACCUUUAGAAACAAAAAGCUCUUCCCAUUUCAAGAAGAAUUUUUGUUUGUAUUGAGAACCUAAGGUUAGCCUUUCUGUUUGUUUGGAUGUAUGAUAUUGUUAUGAUAUGCUAUUGUAAAGAUUAUAUCACAUGAAUCCACUAAAUCUUAAAGAGAAAGAAACUGAUGAUUGAGCGGCGAAAUAUAGAAAGAGACUUUAAAUUUAAUCUGUUCAUACUUCUUUCUAAAUUCCUGACCUUUAUGUUACUCUGUAAUCUAUAUAUGCAAUAAAGAACUUCAAAAUGUU